AUGAAUGCAUAUAAUCAAUUUGAACUAUCAUUACUGUCCGAUAAUGCACGCCGCUCACUCGACGAACUCACGAUCGCGUCUGUCGAAGACCUAACAACUCAGCAAGCCGAGGUCAUCUUCAAGGCCACAAAAUGGUUCGACACUCGUUACUCGGGCGAGCGAACGCUGCGCCAGUUUCAGCUAGAGGCACUUGUAAAUGUUCUAGCUGGAAAGAACGUCAUCGUUCGCGCAGGAACGGGCUAUGGAAAAACGCUCGCUAUGAUCCUGCCUAUACUCUUUGGCAACUCUUCAAAAAUCGCCCUCACAAUCAGCCCUCUCAAGCUGUUACAAAAUAGUCAUGUUGAUGAAUUUAACAACUACGGCAUCUCCACGAUUCAAAUUAACCAAGAUACUCUGGAUGAUAAGGAACUAUGGAAGGUGCAUACAUCCCUCAUCUCUGCAUCGUCUAUUCCUCACAUUGUAUAG